AUGAACACAACAACUACUAUUACAGAACAAAUAAUUGAAGAAACAGUAUAUAGUGCUUAUCUUGAAGCUAGUCAAAUUCUUUCUGGUUGUAAUUUAUCGAUUCUUAAUCCUAAUGGUAAAUAUAUAUCAUUUGAAGAAGUUAAUCGAUUAGCUCAUCAAAAGUUAACAAGAUCACAAUGUAAAACUUUUAGUAAAAGAGAAAAUCAAUCGAAUAGUGAUAAACAAGAGGAAGAUGAAGAUCUUGAACAAUAUCUAAGUCAGAAGCAAUCUAGUGGAACCAAUAUCAUGGAUGAUUUGGAUGAGCCGCUGUCAGGUGACGAAUCAGGUGCUGAUACUUUUUCAAAUGUAUCUAAUUCGACAUUUAAUGGAAUGCGGAUCUUUGACUCCAUCAAAUGCUUUGACCAUCGUGCUGAAGAUAAAGAUCUAGUAUUAGUUCCAUCACCAGAGGAAGAAUUAAUGCAGUAUUUGUCUUCAAAUAUUACAGUUGAACCUGAUGAUGAUGUCUUAUUGUUUUGA